AUGAGUUCCUUCACCCAGGAGACAAUCUGUAUAGGUGUGACAUGUGUGGGAAGGGCUCGAGUCAUAGCCCAGAUCUUAACAUUUGCUGUAUCAAUGACACUGGAGAGAAAUCCUCUAAAUGUGAGAUGUGUGAUAAAGGCUUCAAUCAGGCAUCACAACUUCAAGCCUAUCAGAGCCUCCCCCCCCCCACCCCCCCCACCCCCGCUCCUAGAGAAAAAAACAUACAAAUGGGAGGCAUGCGACAGGCUAGUUAAUCAGAAUCCUGGUCCUCAUCAGAGAGUUAGCACUGGAGAGAAACCAUAUAAGUGUGAGGUAUGUGGGAAGGACUUCAGUAAGGCCUCAAAUCUUCAAGUCUAUCAGAGAAUCCACACUGGAGAGAAGACAUAUAAAUAUGGUAUGUGUGAUAAGAACUUCAGCCUGAAUUCCCACCUUCAGGCCCAUCAGAGAGUUCACACUGGAGAAAGAUCAUAUAAGUGUGACACAUAUGGUAAGUACUUCACUCAGAUUUCCCAUCUUCAGGUCCAUCAGAGAGUCCAUACAGGAGAGAAGCCAUACAAAUGUGAGACAUGUGGUAAGGGCUUUUGUCGGAGUUCACAUCUUCAAGCCCAUCAGAGAGUCCAUACAGGGGAGAAACCCUACAGAUGUGAAGAAUGUGGGAAAGGCUUCAUCUGGAACUCCUAUCUUCAUGUUCGUCAGAGGAUCACACAGGAGAGAAACCCUAUAAAUGUGGCAUGUGUGGUAAGACCUCAUAUCUUCAAGCCCAUUGGAGAGCUUGAAGACUUCAAUCAGACCUCACAUCUUCAAGCCCAUUGGAGAGUCCAUACGGGAGAUAAACCCUACAAAUGUUUUGACUGUGGUAAUGGCUUUAGUAAAAGUUCACGUCUUCAAGUUCGUUAGAGAGUCCAUAAUGGUGAUAAAUCCAGUGCACGUGAUGAGUGUGAGAAAAGUGUUCUUCAGACUGUAGACUUCUCAUUUUCAUCAGAAAAUCCACACAGCAGAGAAUAUUUACAAAAUAUUAUAUUUUAAGAAUUCAGCAAUGAGCUGAGUUUUUUUUUUUGUUAAUGUUUAUUUACUUUUGAUAGAGAGAGAGUGCAA